UCAGGUGUUCUCGGGUCCGAUAGCUAAACCAGUUGUCUGAUAGUGAUACUGCGAACUAACCUCUGGUGUCAGGUGUAGCUAUGCGCAGCCUACAGCUAGGCAGUAUCAUGACAUUCCUACUACUGUAUCUGGCUCCAUUGCUGCUGCUGCUGGUGAUGACGGUGAACUGUGGACAGGCUAUGGCCACACCAACACCAGUGGUGUCGGAUGAUGCCGAUACACCAGCUGCGAUGGUUACUGCAGAUUUCAAUUGCAUGACGGAAUGGCUACUGAUUGCCAACUCUAGUCGUGCAAGAGCCGUCGCCAUUCUCAACACACCAGCUGCCAUUCAAACAAUGUUAGAUGAGAAGGUUGUCAAGCACCAAGAGCAAUUCUUCUUAAGUCUCAUCUUGGGUUACGCACCACAGCUUGCAGCAGACCUUAAACACUGCGUUCAUCGAACGCCAGAGUGCCCCACAGCUGACUUAACAAGGCGUCUACCUUGCUCAGUCUCUGGAGAAUGUGUGUUCAAAACAACACAACAAUCGACGGUUUGUGUUUGUCAGGCAGGAAUGACUGGAAGGAAGUGUGAUAUAGAUAUUGAUGAAUGCAGUCGGCCAGAUAUAAACAACUGUGAUCAACCAGCCGUGGCAACAUGCUAUAACAUUUAUGGAUCCUUCACCUGCGACUGCAACGCAGGAUACGAUGGAAAUGGACGAAUGUGUGAGGACCUAGAUGAAUGUGCAGCUGGUGUACAUGAGUGUAAUGAACAUGCAAUGUGUAAUAACACUGUUGGAUCAUACUCUUGUCACUGUCAAUCUGGGUACAAGGGAGAUGGUACUAACUGCCAAGUCGAUCUGUGCGGAUCAUCUGCAAACAGCGAGCUUUGCUACCAAAUUGAAGAGGUUAAAACAUACAACAAGCAGCUGGAAGAGAAACUGGAAGCAAGGGAUCUUCAAAUCCAUAAGCUACUCUCCGACAUGAAAGUACUGACUACCAUAUUUGUCCAACAGAAGACAAAAGUGGAUGAAAUGGAGAUUCAGAGUAAUAUAAAACUUGUGAAACUGCUCGCAAUUGAGGAGGAGAUGACGUCAUUGAAUUUAUCCCAACAAGCCCAGGAGAAGAAGAAUAAGAUAAAACUGCUCGCGAUUGAGGAGGAAAUGACGUCAUUGAACUUAUCCCAACAAGCCCAGGAGAAGAAGACCAAGCAAAACUUCAGGACCAUCCAACAACAUUCUGCUCAGCAGUUUGAAUCAAUAAAUGCCACUCUGGAGGAAGAAGGGCGAAAGACCAAGCAAAACUUCAGGACCAUCCAACAACAUUCUGCUAAGCAGUUUGAAUCAAUAAAUGCCACUCUGCAGGAAGAAGGGCGAAAGACCAAGCAACACCUCAGGAACAUGCAGCUACAUUCUGCUCAACAGUUUGCUGCAAUCAAUGCCACUUUGACUGAGGAAGGACAGAAGACGCAGCAACAUUUCAAGUCAAUGAAGCAACAUUCUGUUGAGCAGCUUUCAACAAUCAGUGCUACUCUGCAGGAGGAAAGAAAGAAGUGCGGUAUUGUAUCCUGGAAGACAUUUACAAUGGAGACGUCUGGUAGUAGUGCUAGAAACCCGUUCAGUGGAGUCGUGUUCAACAAGACUAGACCUGACACUGUUAUCAGAGUGGUGUACACAACCUCUAUUGGAUUUUAUCAUCCGACCAAUAACUGGCAUUGUGUGAAGGUGUCAGUGCGUAUCAACGGCAGAGACUGUUCAGACCCAGCCCCGAUCAGAAGUGGAAGCUUUGGCUCAACAGCCCACUAUCAGGCACAUGCUGGUGUUGUGAGUGGUAUUUGUAAUAUCAACACUUCAGGUCCACUGUACUUCUCUACACACAUAGAGGCACAAUGCGGUACAUCCCAGUAUCACCUGGGUUACUACCCUGGUACAGGUACCAUCACAUCCACUCUGCAUAUCGAGGAACUUUGCAAUAAUCAACAGAACUAGGUAUUUGCAUCCCCAUCCCCUGACCCCUAUCUUAUCUCUCCAUUUUACCAUCUUUGUAUCAAUCUAGAAGUUUGUACCUGUGUUUGGUAGUCGCCCUGGUGCUGGAAACACGGCGUUAAAACACUCAACCUUUUUUUUAAGUGUACUGAAGAAGCCACUUUUACUGGCAGAUAUGAGCGCACAAGUACAGAAAAAGGUCUAUUACUUGUACUAGUACAGUAUACAGUGCUCUUGUCUCUUUUCUUUUUAACAUUCAACUUGUUUCCUGUUCCUUCUACAGCUUACCCAAUCGUUUGAACAUUCUUUGCAUCCAUUGAUCUAUCCAUCCCCACCGUUUAGGAGGCGCAUCUGACGCAUGAUCAUGGGGUGGUGGCGUCCCACGGAAGCCGAAAGGUAGUUCUUGACCCGGGAGUUGUACGACUCCUUGUUCUUGACCUGCCCGGUACGCGAACCCGUCGAUUUUUGUUGUUGUAUCCACCCACUCUAUCCUAUACAUUCUAACCAGCCUCCCCUUGCCAAGUUGUAUCUUUACUAAAACUUCUCCUGUGCAUUCUAUUAUCUUUCCCGUACCAACACCGACCAGCACGAGUACAUGUACUUGUAUGUCUAUGGUCGUCUACGUCUCAACAAUACCCGCAGUCUGUUUCAAAUGCAUCUACAUUGUAUAUGUCUGCUGCCAGUAUGAAAUACUGUGUUUCGUAAUGAAUACGAUGAACUCACUGCCUUUCUAUUUCGGCUAUCAUACAAUUGUUCUUUAGUCACUGCAGAAACGUGUUUAGUCCUUCACUGCCCCGCUUCAAAUACAUGUAGAUCUCUUCCAAAUUUGCACCCAUGCGGGCGUCAUCAGCUGUUUUACGUUUCU